UAUUUCUACGGGAAGAUGAUUGUGUGCAGCCUAAGAAAAUAAAAAAUAAAUAAAGGACGACUCAAAUUUUGACUUGUGGUGACAAUGGUCGCUUCAAUUCGUUGUCUAUCCAAAUUCUUCCCCUCCAUUGGACCCUCUUCUUGUAAUUUAUAAGUCACUGAGCUUGCUCUUGCCUCCUCAGUUUCUGUUCUUCACUCUGUUUUAUGAUCUUCUUUGCUUUUCUGGGUUCAUCCACAAACACCCUUUUAGCAAUUCGAAGCUCUUGGAGUGUGUUUCUGCUGCUCCUGGAUCGUCUCUGGCUUACGGUUUGGUUGAUCCAUAUAUACCUGUUUGAGGACAUUCAUGCGUUUAUCUGUGUGGGGACUACUUCAUGGCUAAGAAAUUUUCAUUUCAAGUGGAAUUCUCCCUUCACAAUGGAAUCAUAACACAAUCAUAGAACAUAGAAGGGAAGCCUUUUCUAAUCUAUAGCUUGAUUUGGUAAAACAGGGAAAGAGUGAACAAUUUGUUUGAUCUUAUGGGGAAAACGGUUCAUAUUAGUGGAUUUCCUUCACAUGCCACGGCAGAUUCCGUGAAGAGUUUUCUGGAGCUUCGUACAGGUUUAGGAACUGUCUAUGCCAUUAAGGUUAGACCACCUAAAAGGGGAGGAAGUAGAGUAUAUGCUAUUGUCCAAUUCAUUGGUGCUGCACAAGCUGAGUUGAUCAUUUCCUUAGCUAAUCAACGCCUAUGGUAUGGAUCUUCGUAUCUUAAGGCUCGAGCGGCUGAUGUCGAUAUUGUACCGAAGCCUAGGACAUAUGUGCAUACCUUGGAAGACUUGACAUUGUGCUUUGGUUGUCAGGUCUCCAGUGAAAAGUUUCAUGUUCUAUGGGAAGGAGAUGUUGAGUUGGUGACUUUUGGAGUUGAAAUGCGAAAAAUGAACUUUCAUUUGAUUCAUAAUUUCGUUGAGUACAGGUUUCAGCUUUCCUAUGAGAACAUUUGGCAGAUACAACUCCACCGUCUGCAACAUCAGUCUAUGAAAUGUCUUCUGAUUCAGUUAUAUGGAGCUCCUCGGAUAUAUAAAAAAGUUGCACCCUCUAGUGGACAAAUCUUUGAUGAUCCUCUUUUUAACUUCUUUAAAGAAGUACCUGAUGAUCAAUGGGUUAGAACAGCUGAUUUUACUCCAUCAAACUCUGUUGGACAAUCUUCUUCUUUAUGUUUGAAGCUACCUAAUGGCCGUCAACUUCCCAACUUUAGGCGACAUUUUGCUUAUUAUGAAGAAUUCGAAGAUGAAUUCAAACUGGUGGAUGGAGGCAACAGUUUUUCUUGCUCCGACGAUCUUGUUCCCGUGGUCGAUUCUCGUCCUAAUGUUCUUCUGCCAUAUGAAAUAAUCUUUAAAGUAAAUGUAUUGGUUCAAAAUGGUUGCAUUGCAGGGCCAUCACUCGAUACGGGUUUCUAUCGGUUGGUUGAUCCGAGUCGAAUAAGAGUUGAGUAUGUAGAAAAUGCAUUAGAAAAACUGUUCCAUUUGAAGGAAUGCUGCUAUGAGCCAUCAAGCUUUCUUACUGAACAGUACAAAAAGUAUGCAAAGCAUCCUUCAAAUUCUCCUGCUAUAGCCUUGGAUGAUGGAUUGGUGUAUGUCCGUAGGGUUCAAAUAACACCUUGUAAGGUGUACUUCUGUGGUCCUGAAGUCAAUGUUUCGAACCGGGUGUUGCGCCAUUUUUCUCGAGAUUUAGAUAACUUUCUUCGUGUGUCUUUUGUUGAUGAGGAGUGGGAUAAAAUGCGUUCGACGGAUUUAUUGCCACGGAUGGCUUCUUCGAUCGAGAAUGGUAAAACUGAUAUCUACAGGAGAAUCCUCUCUGUUCUUAAAAAUGGCAUAGCCAUUGGUGAUAAGAAGUUUAAGUUUCUUGCAUUCUCAUCAAGUCAACUAAGAGAGAAUUCUUUGUGGAUGUUUGCUUCCAGACCUGGCCUUGAUGCAGCUGUUAUUAGAGAGUGGAUGGGUGAUUUUCGACAUAUCAAGAAUCCAGCAAAGUACGCUGCUAGAUUGGGACAAUCGUUCGGCUCAUCGACGGAGACUCUUUCGGUUGCUAGACAUGAAAGGGAAAUCAUUCCUGACAUAGAGGUUCAACAUGGUGAAGUCAAGUAUGUCUUUUCUGAUGGAAUUGGCAAAAUAUCAAGUGAUUUUGCCAAAAGGGUUGCUUCAAAAUGCGUGCUAGCGUUCACUCCGUCUGCUUUUCAGAUUCGUUAUGGUGGAUAUAAGGGUGUCGUUGCUGUUGAUCCGCGCUCGUCUGUAAAGUUAUCUCUGAGGAAGAGUAUGUGCAAAUUUGAAUCAGACAACACGAAACUCGACGUCUUAGGCUAUAGCAAAUACCAACCAUGCUUCCUGAAUCGUCAGCUGAUAACUCUUUUGUCGACUCUAGGCGUUAAAGAUGAGGUUUUUGAGAAGAAACAAAGUGAAGCUUUAGAACAAUUGGAUGCCAUUUUAACAGAUCCACUGAAGGCUCAAGAAGCCUUGGAGUUGAUGUCUCCUGGAGAGAAUACUAACAUUCUCAAGGAGAUGCUCAAAUGUGGCUAUAAACCAGAUGUUGAGCCUUAUCUAUCAAUGAUGUUACAGACUUUCCGGGAGUCGAAGUUGCUAGAAUUACGAACCAAAUCGAGAAUCUUUAUUCCGAAUGGGCGAGCGAUGAUGGGAUGUCUAGACGAGACUGGGACCUUGGAGUAUGGACAGGUAUUUGUACAAAUCUCCAGUGUUAGGCAUAGACAUAUAUCUGAUACUUCUGCAUUCGAUAUGAGCGGUUCGGAAGACCAUUUAGUUAUCGUGGGAAACGUAACUGUUGCGAAAAAUCCCUGCCUGCACCCCGGCGAUGUUCGUGUGCUAAACGCUGUAAAUGUACCUCUGUUGUAUCAUAUGGUUGACUGUGUUGUUUUUCCACAAAAAGGAUCAAGGCCUCAUCCAAACGAAUGCUCGGGUAGCGAUUUGGACGGUGAUAUAUACUUCGUCUGUUGGGACACUGAAUUGAUCCCGCCUCGACAAAUUCCGCCGAUGGAUUAUACUCCUGCACCUCCUAUUCAGUUAGAUCGUGAUGUCACAAUCGAGGAUGUUCAAGAGUAUUUUGUGAACUACAUGGUUAAUGACAGCCUUGGAAUCAUUGCCAAUGCUCACACUGCGUUUGCAGAUAAAGAGCCCUUUAAAGCAAGAAGUGCUCCUUGUAUAGAGCUUGCAAAGCUAUUCUCCAUUGCUGUGGACUUCCCAAAAACUGGAGUACCUGCUAUAAUACCUUCACAUUUGAAUGUCAAAGAGUUUCCCGACUUUAUGGAGAAGCCCGACAGGCCCUCGUAUGAAUCAAAGAACGUGAUCGGAAAACUUUUCCGGGCAGUAAAGGGCAUUGCACCAAAUAUAAGCUACAUUAGGUCGUUUACUCGAGAUGUAGCAAUGCGGUGUUACGACUCCGAUAUGGAAACUGAAGGCUUUGAAGAUUACGUUGAAGAUGCCAUCUAUCAUAAAACUAUAUAUGAUUACAAGUUGGGGAAUUUGCUUGAUUAUUACGGGAUCAAGUCCGAGUCCGAGAUAUUUAGUGGCAAUAUUAUGAGAAUGUCGAAGUCUUUCACGAGGAGAAGAGACGCAGAAGCCAUCAACUUGGCUGCAAGGUCUCUAAGAAAGGAGGCUAGGACAUGGUUCAAUACGAAAGAAAGCGGUCCAGAUUCGGGCUCGGAUGAUUUAUUUGCCAAAGCUUCGGCGUGGUACCAUGUCACUUAUCAUCAUUCGUAUUGGGGCUCCUAUAACGACGGAAUGAAACGCGACCAUUAUUUGAGCUUCCCAUGGUGUGUUUACCACAAACUGAUGCAAGUCAAGGAGAAUAAUUUGAGGAGAAGAGAGAAAGCUUCAAGAUUGGCGACUCUUGAUAGAUUCAGCCGUGUCUUAAAUCUCGAUGGACGUUGAAGAACACGAUCGACACCGGUUGGUUUCCUGUUCUACCUCCCUCUGAUAUAUCUGAUGGUCUUUAUCUGUAGUUUUUUUAAUAUACUUGGCUUUGGCUUUGGCUCUUGUUUGCUACUCUUUUGAGAGCUUCUUAGUUUGAAUAGUCACCUUUUUCUUUACUAUGUAAUAUCUACUCUAUACAUUGGCCAAUGUUCAUGAAAUCUGAAAUCUUAGCCUACUUUUCUCAAACA